GUAUGUGUGUGUGUGUGUGUGUGUGUGUGUAUAAAAGAGAUGAGUUAUGGAUGUGAUGAGUCUGUGAUGUUGAGGAGUGAAUGACACUGAGAUCUGUUGAGAUAAAGGUGAAGAUGGAGGCAGACGAUUACACACUGAGAGGGAAGGAGAUGGUGGAUUUUAUACGACGGUAUCUGACAGAGAUUCGGGAUCGUCGUGUAGUUCCAGAUGUGCAGCCGGGUUACAUGCGUCCUCUGCUGCCCAGCUGUGCUCCCUAUGAACCUGAAGACUGGAGUAACAUCAUGCAGGAUGUUGAGAACAUCAUUAUGCCCGGGGUGGUGCAUUGGCAGAGUCCACACAUGCAUGCAUAUUUCCCUGCGCUGAACUCGUGGCCGUCUCUGUUGGGUGAUAUGCUCGCAGACGCAAUUAACUGCCUCGGCUUCACCUGGGCUUCGAGUCCAGCGUGCACUGAGCUUGAGAUGUGUGUGUUGGACUGGUUGUGUAAAGGACUCGGCUUACCAGAUCACUAUUUACACCAUCAUCCACAGAGCAACGGAGGAGGAAUACUGCAAAGUACUGUGAGUGAAUGUACGCUGAUGGCUCUUCUGGCUGCCCGGAAAGACAAAAUCCUGCAGAUGAAGUCUGAAUUGAGUCACGCUGACACAGAUGAGUCUGUGCUGAACUCUAAACUCAUCGCUUACGCCUCGGAUCAGGCUCAUUCAUCAGUGGAGAAAGCAGGUCUGAUAUCUCUGGUGAAGAUCAGAUUUCUGGAGACAGAUGAGACAUUUGCUUUGCGUGGAGAAACUCUACAGCGUGCCAUUGAUGAAGACAGAAAGAGAGGCUUCAUACCUGUGAUGUUGUGUGCGACUCUUGGCUCCACUGGUGUGUGUUCAUUUGACAGACUGGAGGAACUGGGCCCAGUGUGUGCGCGUGAGGGACUGUGGCUGCACGUGGACGCGGCGUACGCAGGCUCCGCCCUCCUCUGUCCUGAGCUCCGAUACUUCACCAAUGGAAUCGAGUUUGCGGAUUCAUUCGUCUUUAAUCCAUCCAAGUGGAUGAUGGUCCAUUUUGAUUGUACGGCAUUUUGGGUGAAGAAUAAACUGAAGCUCCAGCAGACGUUUACCGUCGACCCGCUUUACCUGAGACACGAUAACUCUGACACGACCGACUUCAUGCAUUGGCAGAUUUCUCUGAGUCGACGCUUUCGUUCGCUGAAGUUGUGGUUUGUGAUGCGUUCGUUCGGUCUGAAGAACCUGCAGGCUCACAUAAGACACGGUGUGGAGAUGGCAAAGCUGUUCGAGUCUCUGGUCAGGAGGGACACAAACUUCCAGAUUCCGGCUCAGCGUCACCUCGGCCUCGUCGUUUUCUGCUUACGAGCGGGAAAUGGUGCGACGCAGGAGUUACUAAGAAAACUGACUAAAUCAGGUCAGAUUUUUCUGAUUCCUGCUGCCAUCGGAAACAAACUCAUCAUCCGCUUCACAGUCACGUCUCAGUUCACCAGCGUUCAGGACAUCGAGAGGGACUGGAGUCUCAUACGGCAGACGGCCAAAGACGUGCUGCAGGCCCGGGGCGUCGCGCGCGAACCCAGUUUGACGUCUGACGAAGAAACCGCGCAGGAACAGGAAGAAGUGAUGCUGACCAUCCAUUCGGAGCUGAGCAGAAUGCGUCUGGAACCAAUGAUAGAUGAACGUUUGGUGCGGCAGGGACAGAGGCGAGCCAUCCGCUCGUUGAGCUGCAGCGCCGAGCUCCCACCCGCCAGACCUGACCGCGCCCACCGCCCGAACGAGGCCCUGGCCCAGAUCCCGGAGCGGCCGACGCAGUCCCGACAGCGAGCGCAGAAGCGACUGCUGAAGUUCAACAGCGUUCCGAGUCUGUCGCAGGUCUGGGCUCAGUGUGGGAUGCAGCAGCUGUACCAUCCCUUCAGAAGAGGCUGGGUCACCAGUCGGGCGAGCUGCUUUAACUGCUUCCCUUUAGCUGAAGGACGACCUCUACCCACCAAAUAACACACAAGAACAUUUGCAGUGUUUUCAUACCGACAUCAAAAUAUAGACAUACACACACAGGUUUCCAUUAUUUUAUAGGGACAUUCCAUAGACGUAGAAAGGUUUUUAUAUCUGUACAAACUGUAUAUUCACUAAACCUCAUAGAAAACUUUCAGCAUUUUUAUAUUUUGAAAUAAACAUCAUUAUAAUCUGAAUUGUGCCAGCCGUCCCCACAAUGUCUGUGCUGGGAACAUUUGGAAAGCACAGUAUAUAAACACCUGAACACGCGCGCGCACACACACAGAAUUUAUGUUUGAAUUACAUCAGGACAACGUCUUGUGUUAAAUGGCAUAAGAGUUUAGCUCUACAUUGUUUGUAGGCUUUUACAGACGUUACUUUUAAUCUAUUUUUAGUCAGUGUGUUGUUAUAUUUUGUAUCUAUAAUCAUCAUCUUAUGUGAAAUCUAUGUUAGCUGAAUAAAUGUGAUUUGAGUUCA